AUGAUACUUAAUGGAUUAUGUAUCUAUCUCAUCACCAUUAAUAUAUAUAUUCAAAGAGAGGUUAUUUGGGUUCCUGAAAGUUGGAGUGAGAGGGUAGAGAGAUUAUAUAUAUAUAUAUAUAUACACUGUUUUCAGAUGUCAUCUACUAUAUUUGACGAUAUUUUUACCAUCCAAGAGAUCGACCAAGGUCGUUACAAUAAGGUAUCACGAAUUGAAGCAACGUCGACCUCCCAGGAGUCGUGUAAAUUGACUCUAGAUGUGAAUACAGAAUUAUUUCCUUUGAAGCCACAGCAGCAGCUGACGGUCAUGUUGGCGACAACGCUAAAUGCCAGUGGGGGUGAAGAUACCGGUGCAUCGUGGCGAGCGCCUGUGCCUGGGACGAGAUCUUUGGCAGAUGAUUUUGAUUAUGUAAUGUAUGGCACAGCUUACAAGUUCGAGGAAGCACAUGGUAACAAGGAUAUGUUGGCUGUGUACUACUCAUUUGGCGGGUUGUUGAUGAGGUUGGAGGGAAAUUACCGUCUCUUGAGUAACUUCAAGCAGGAAAAUGUCUACCUGUUAUGCCGUCAUUGA